AUGUGUGUUUCAGGAUUUGAGGGUACUUACUGUGAAGUUAACAGUGAUGAGUGCAUCUCCCAUCCAUGCCAGAAUGGAGGUCUCUGUGUGGACGGGGUCAACCACUACAGGUGCUCCUGCCAACAUGGCUUUACCGGCACCCUAUGUGAAGUGGAGAUUAAUGAAUGCUUAUCAAGACCUUGCAAGAACAAUGGAACUUGCCUGGAUCUCAUAAACAGAUUCAUUUGUAAAUGUGCACCUGGCUACUAUGGGUCUCUGUGUGAGAUGGACGUAAAUGAGUGUGAAACUUUGCCUUGCUUACAUGGAGGAAGCUGCAUCAACAGGCUUGGAGGCUAUCAGUGCCUCUGUCUAGCUGGAUUCACAGCUGUGAAAAAAGUUAUUACCAUAGAUACAGAGUAA